UAUAUUAUUAUGUAAAUUUUUACAAUAUCAAAGUUUUAUAAUUUUUGGUAUAUACCAAAGAUGGCUUUGGGCUGGACCCGCUCUCUGCCCAGCCCAUCCAUCCCUUAAAAGCACACCCUGCCCCACUAUUGUUAGUGAUGGGUCUAAGCCUAUUUUUUUUUAUGGGUAAUAUAUAUGUAGCCCUUAGGGUUAUAUAUAAAUAUUAAAUAUACCACCUAAAAUAGAAUUAAGUUGAAAAUUAAUGGUAAAAUCACGCGCAGAUUGAUGUAAUUAAUGUUACUUUAUCCUCAAUAUUUUCUUUUUUAAAUUUUUAUACAUAGUCCUAAGGGCUAUGUUUAUUAUUAUCCUUUUUUUUAUUUGGGCUAUUUUAGCCCUCUGUCCAUUUUAGACCCACUUGAGCCCGACCAAUGGGCCAAAAUCCUAGUAAAGCACAACCCUGCCCUUGCCUUUUGUAGUUUUGUACUUAUAUUUUCUCUUUUUAUAACCAUUCUACUAUUUUUAAUUACACAUUUCUUCCUUUGGUCAACAGUUUAACAAUUUUUCUUUUUCUCUGAUCAUUCCUUAUAUUUCUAGGCUAUGUUAUUAUUAUUUUAGCUUCGUAAAAAAAAAAAAAAAAAAAUUUAGCUUCGUCAAAAAAAUAAAAAAUAUUAUUUUAGCUUAUAUUCUAUUACAUACUUUGUAUAAAAUUACUAGAGCAGCAAACAUGCACUAUAGCUAACCAUAUAUGAGGAGCUCUUUCAGUUUGAUUUUAUGUCACAAAUUUAGGUGUUGGCAAUAUUAAUGAGAGGAAAUAUGUUAACAAAUGUCUACACACUAUUCUUAAUUUUUUUUUAAAAAAAGACAAUUAACAAAAAUAAGGUUUAAUAAGUAAAUAAACAUUUUAAAGGUAAUAAAUGUUCAAUAUAUCCAUAAGAGUUAUCUUAAAUUUUUUAAAAGGUAGGAAUUGACGAUAUAAUAUGAAGGGUUUUUUUGGUAUGAUAAAUUAGCAAAGUGGAUAACACGAAAUUAGUAAUGCAUUUUUAUUUUAUUUUUUUAAUUAAAGAAGCCCGUGAGCUAACUCUUGGACCAACCCAGCUCAGCCCUUGAGUCCAUGGGCUUGAGUGUGCUUGGGCCUUACUUCUCAAAUUUUGAGCCCGGCCUAACCCAUUGGUGUCCGGACAGUCCAUGGACUUGACCCACGGCCCGACAAAGCCCAGCCCAAAGCCUUCUGUUCUUCCUCUAGAGAAGCCAAAGCCAAGUGCUUAGAAUAUAGGCUUGACUAUUAAAGCUAAAAGCCGUGGGAAAUAAAUCAGAACCACCUCAACUACCAAAGCAGCGUCGCGGCUCCUGUAAUUUGUUCAACUUUCUCUCUCAUCGGCUGGCUCAUCAGAUCCGGCGCCUCAGCUUCCCGCUUUUCUUUCCCUCUUUCAAUUUCUCUCUGAAGAACAACCUCCUUCUGCUGCUACUCCUCUCGCCAAUGCCGUUCUUUGCUAUUAGCGUAAGGUUUUACUAUCUGAAAAGCUCCUUGCUAUGAGAAAGAAUAAAUCAAAGAUGUCACUUUCCUAAUGGAAGAUUUAGUUUGUAGUUGUGCUGAUUUGUUGAGCAUCGGAAGUGGACUAUUUGCUUGGGACUGAGGAAGAUUAUGGAGUGGAAUGGUAGUACAACUUUCCGGAACUUGAAAGAUAUAGAGCCAAAAUCUGUGAUGGAUAUGGGAAUCAUUUCAAAUAUUGAUGCAGUUAAUGUGGCCUUAAUUCCUUCUGAGAAAGGAAAUGACAGUCCAUCAUCAAAACCACGAAAGAAGACUAUGACAUCGGUAUAUCUCAAAUAUUUUGAGACUGCUCCCGAUGGAAAGAGUCGUAGGUGUAAGUUUUGUGGACAGAUGUACUCCAUUGCAACUGCGACUGGUAAUUUGGGAAGACAUCUUGGUAGUCGCCAUCCAGGAUAUGAUAAAUCUGGCGAUCUGAUCCCGAGUACUGCUCCACUGACCAGUCCCACUGUAAUAAAAAAAUAUCAAUCUGAAGCCAAAUCACCAAAAUUUGAUCUUGAUUACCUGAAUUGGCUGCUUAUUAAGUGGCUAAUUUCGUCUUCUCUACCUCCCUCAACCUUGGAGGAGCCCUGGCUGCUAAACUCUUUCAAAUUUGUCAACCCUUCCAUUCAGAUUUGGUCUAAAGAGAAGAUCCAGGGUGUUUUAUGUGAAGUUUUCAGGAGCAUGCAGGAAGAUGUACAGACAACUUUGCAACAGGUGUCCUCUAAGGUUGCAAUUGCGCUUGAAUUCUGGACUUCUUAUGAACAAAUAUAUUACAUGAGUGUUACGUGCUAUUGGAUCGAUGAGAGCUGGACUUUUCAAAAGGUCCUUCUUAAUAUUUGUCGCAUACCCUAUCCAUGUAGUGGUGCUGAGAUCUAUCAUGCUUUGGUUAACGUCUUAAAAAAUUAUAAUAUUGACGACAAAGUCCUUGCUUGCACACAUGAUAAUAGUCAGAGUGCAAUGCAUGCAUGCCACAAACUAAAAGAAGAUAUGGAUGGGCAAAAGGUUGGACCUUUCUGCUAUAUCCCCUGUGCAGCCCAGACACUAAAUAUGGUGAUAGAAGAUGGUUUAAGAACCACAAAACAAAUAAUCUCUAAGGUCAGAGAGUUUGUUAUAGAGACGAAUGCUUCCCCUCUGAUCAUGGAGGAUUUUAUUCAGUUAACCACAGCUUAUCAAGAAGGCAUCUGGAGAUUCCCCCUUGACAAUUCCAUUCGUUGGAAUGGACAUUACCAGAUGAUGGAUAUUGUCCGCAAGGCCAGCAAGUCCAUGGAUGGUGUCAUUAGGAAGCAUGAAGACUCGUUAGGUAGCAGAAUGCUUCUAAAUGCUGCCGAAAGGAAUGCAGUUACCAUUAUGCAUGGAUACUUGGAACCCUUCUACAAGACCACGAGUGACAUAUGUGCAAACAAGGUUCCCAGCAUUGGCCUAGUACUGUUUUUCAUGGAUCAUAUAUCUGAAAUGAUUGCAGCAUGCAAAGAUUCUUGCCAUAAUCCAGAUUGGCUAAAGAGUGCUGCAGAGGAAAUGUCACUAAAAUCCAGCAGUUACAAUGACCAGGUUUCCAAUAUAUUUACUUACAUGACAGCAAUUCUUGAUCCUCGGAUCAAAAUAGAACUCAUCCCAGAAACACUUAACUUAGAAAACAAUUUGGAGGAGGCAAGAACCCAUUUCCUUGGAAAUUAUUCGACCAGUCAUUUUUCAUCCGUGAACAAUAUAUAUUGUGCUUCAGAGAAUGUAGAUGGUGGUAUCGUAUCUUUUGCAGAGGAAAUAGCCCGAAAAAAACGGAGGGCUAGCAUGAGUGUUGCAACUGAUGAGCUGACCCAAUAUCUCUCAGAACCGCCAGCUCCACUAACAACAGAUGUUUUGGAGUGGUGGAAAGUUAAUAGUGUACGUUAUCCACGGCUGUCUAUAAUGGCUCGGGACUUUUUGUCAGUGCAGGCAACAUCUGUGGCACCUGAAGAACUCUUCUCCAGUAAAGGGGAUGAAUUGGAAAGGCAAAGGUUUGGUUUGCCCGCUUCAACUGCGCAGGCUCUACUCUGUGUUAAGUCAUGGGCCAACAGUGGGAUUAAGUUGAAAUACAGAUUAAGUGAAAUUGACUAUGAUAUGCUUAUGGAGCUGGCUACUGAAACUGCAUCUGAGAAUUGCAAAUUAGGUUCUGACAAGAAACAAAAAUAACGGAGCGCCUGACUAGAAUCUAUGAGCAGGUAUGAUAGUUUAGAUAAAGAAGUAAACCAGCUAUUCUGAUUUGUAAAGUGCGAUGUAAUUAACUAACCAGCAGCUAACCUGUUGUAAUUUUUUUUUUCUUCAUAUUUUAUGUAUGUUGUCCGAUACAUCAUACAUGUGUAUCAGAAAUGGUAUUGUAGAACUGUUGAAGGAUAUCUGAGUUAGCAUUAUAUCAGAAGAUAUCCAUGUAUUUGAGAAGUGAUAUUGAUUGUUGUAGUACGUUGUAUAUUGUAUUAGGUUUUAGUUUCUUUAUCUCAUCGAGUGUUGAGAAAUUAUUUAUUAUUAUAUCCGCCUUGAAACAAAAGAGAGAUUUAUUUAUUAUUUAUAGUACAACAGGGGUAUGUUAUGUUAGG